ACCCACACCCACACCCACCCUACACCCACACCCAUACCCAUACCUAUACCCACACUCACCCACACCCACAGAUGACAGAUACGACAAACAUAUAUAUCUUUUUUUCUUUCGUUUUAUUCAUUUAGAUAUUUUUCUUCGAAUGGAUGGAAAAAGGCAGAAAGGAAAAAUGUCGAAAGGGAAAAAUAUCGAAAAUAAAAAUGUCGAAAACAACAAUAUUAGAUGAAAAUGAGCAUGUAAGAUUGAAUUGAGGGCGAGGGAGACUUGUACUUCAAUAUACUCUCGUUUUAAGGAUUUCUAAUCAUCUACAUUUGUAAUAUUUUUGUUUUCGAUAUUUUUAUUUUCGACAUUUUUCCCUUUUCGAUAUUUUUCCUUUCUGCCUUUUUCCAUCAUACCUUUUUCUUCUUGUGAUAUUGUUUGGAUAUUUUUCUCCUCCGGUUGAUUCGACUCUGGCGCCAUCUAUUUUCAAGUUUUUAAAAUUAGGUUAUCUCUUAAACUAUUGAUCUGGGGCCUUUGGGAAUACUUUUAAUGAACUCCUCAGGGUCUAAUUAGUCGAAUUAAGUCAAUAGAUGAGGGGGGGGGGGGAUCGAUAAGUGUAUUUGUCCCAUCUAUCGUGUUCACAUUAUGAAGUCUGCAGCUGAUGAAUCACCUCUCUAGAAUAUUAUGGUGUGAUUUGAGGGGCGCAUAACCAUAUUAUUAGAACAAUUAUUUCAGGAUAUUUUCUAUCUUUUUUCGCUAAGAAUUUCACUGUUCACUUUUGCAUUGAAUGCAAUACUAGAAUGACGACAAAUAAAGCAUUUAAUUAAAUGUGAAACUGAAAGAAAAAUACUGGUAGCAAGACUAACCUCAAGAUGCAGAUGGCCAUCUUCGAAUUCUGAUUUUGUUCCAAUGUAAUCAAUAUUUGUUGUUUGUUUACAAAAGGUAGAUCUCCGUGUUUGAAUGAACAUAAUACAUCUAAAACAACUUCUGAAACGUUAUCGGUCGCGCCCCAAGCUUACAACAUUGUCUUUUUGCUUUGUGCGGAACGAGAAAAUGUCAAAAAACGGAAUGUAAUAAAAGAGUAUGGAUGUAGUGCAAAUUUGGAUGGAUCUCGAGGUGAAUCUAGACAUCGGUGUUAACCUACAUUCAUAUCCAUACCAUUGCCCCGUUUUAUAAUUGAAUUUUAUGGUGAUGUUUUUUUUAUUAUCGGUAUGUCUACCUUCGACAUUUUCACUCGCAACCUUUUCAUUUACGACUUUUUUAUUGUCAGCCACAUUCAACUUUUAUCAUUACUGAAACAGAACAAAAGAAAUCGACUAUAAAAAGAGCAGCGAAUAGGUAAUAUUGAAAGAUUGUUUUAUUUAUCGUCGAUAUGCUGUCACUUACAAUCAUAUUAUCUAUUUCUAUACUCAGUAGAGGUCAAGCAUUGACCAAUGUUGGUGGUGUACUUCUUCAAGAUACUGUAUGGAGCAGUUCUGGUAAUGCUAAUCCUUACUAUCUCAUCAAUCAUGUUCAAGUUCCAUACAAUGCUUCACUAACUAUUCAAGCAGGUGUUCAGGUUAUUUUUGGUUCUGGCAAUUUUGAAAUACUUGUCAAAGGAGUUUUGAAAGUACAAGGAACUGCUAAUAAACCAGUGCAUUUCUACAAUGGUUCUGCCGCAGAUACCAAAUGGAUGAUAACAUUUCAAUCAACUAAUCUUACAAGAAGUUUAAUUAGUCAUGCUGUUUUCACUGGACCCAAAAAAGGAUUACAGAUUAAAGAUUAA